AUACUUCAUUUAUUCAGUUCGAAAUAACUUUGAAGAAGUUCGUACAUUAAUGUCAAUAAUGUCCUGUGAAAAUAGUAAACUACACAUAAAUAAUAACAUUAAACAGACUGUAGAGGAAGAAGUUAUAAAAGCAUUAAAAAAUGAGGAAUAUACUUUAAAUACAGUAAAUAGCUAUGGAGAAAAUUUAUUACACGUUAGUGCAGCAAAUGGUUGCCUUGAUAUAGUAAAAGAAAUUUUACAAAAAUGGAAUAACUGUGGUGUUAUAGACAGAAAAAAUAAAUUUGGUUGGACACCACUGAUGUUAGCAAUUCGUAAUGGAGAUACUAAAAUAGUGAAAUUUCUUUUAAAAGAAAAUGUUAAUAUAAAUGAAUCAACCUAUCUUGGUAUAUCAGUUCUUGGAUUAGCUGCUGCUAUCAAUAAAGAUAUGUUUGAAAUUGUAUAUGAAGCAUGUCCAUCAGCAUUAUCUAAUUCUAUAAAUGAUGAUAUUAAUCCACUUUGUAUUGCUGCUAUGAAAAAUGAUAAGGAUUUGUUUUUCAGAUUGUUAGAUAUAGGUUUUGAAGUUUCUAAGAGCAAUGAAUAUACUCAAAUUAUGAUGAAACAGUCAACAGUACCUGAAAUAAGAAAUUUAGCCAAAAGACAGCUUGAGAUAGAAAAUUAUUGGAAUGAUGUUUCAGAUAACAUUCCUGUAGAACAAAAUAUUGGAACUAAAUGUACUGUUAAGAAUUACUGCAAGAACAAUAAUCUAUUAUCUCCAAAUAUCCAUAUUAAUCCAAUUUUUUCACCUCAAUCAGUAAAACAUGGUACUAAUGAAGAUACAAUGAAAGAAUGUAAUAAUAAUAUAAGAGUGAAUUCAAACAAACACUUGAAACCUUUAAAAUUAAUAUUAGAGCACUCAGAAUGUGCUCCACAUAGCAUAAUUUCACCAACUUUAACUUGUGCUCUUAGUGAGAUGUUACCACAAUCUCCAAAUAUAUAUUUUAUGGAAAAUAAACAUGACGAAAAAAUUGAUUUUAAUGUAAUGACUAAUAUAGAAAAAGAACAUUCAUCAAAAAAUAAAGGUACCAUGACAACAUGUUCAAAAAAUAAUGACUUAUCUGAACCAUGUUUGCGAAGAUUACAGUCCAUUUGCCCACCAAAUUUAAAUAUUCAAAGUGAGCCAGAAGAUCUUGAUACUACUCUUGGAUACGUACCUGAAUUUAGCCCACUUCGUUCACCAAAUGUACCACCAGAUAUAAAUGAUGAAAAUGUAUUUGGAGAAAGUACACCAACUCCUCCACAUUAUAAAACACCUCCAAGAGGAAUGAUUUUAAAUUCAGAAGAAACAAAAAUGUUUGUUUUAUUGGAACAGUAUGGAUUAAGCCAACACUUUCCCUUAUUUAUUGAACAAGAAAUAGAUAUUAAUUUAUUUUUAACUCUUACUAAUGAUGAUUUAAUUGAAAUUGGUAUAGAAAAUAAAUCAGACAGAAAAAUUAUUUUAAAUGUUAUAACAGAGUGUAAGAAAUCGCUGAUGGAGGAAUGUGUGAAUUGUUAUUGUUCUGAAAGUAUCUUUAUAGUUACAUACGAAAUUUAUGUAAAACUUGUGUGUUUUUUAUAUGAGACAAUAUUUUAUUGAUAAGUUCAGUUUUCGUUUCUUUUGGUUUAUGAGGAAUUGAAUGUUGUUGUAGCCAAUUACUUAACACAUUAUUGUGUAAUUGAUGUA